UGACAGCUUACCUCGCACACAAACAACAACACCACACACAUACACGCGCUUUAACAAAAACGACGACAAAGAAGUGAAAAAAAUUUUGCAUCAAUUUUUAAGAAAAAUCUUAAACAUUUUGCGUGUAUUUAUAUAAAAUUUUAACAACAAUAUUUAAGAAAAAAUUAUUAAAAAAAUAAAAACAAAUACAAAAUGCCAAAACCCAGAGGAGGACAACGUCAACAAUAUAAUAGUGGUGGCAGCAGUGGUUCACGUUUUCAAGCCCUCAAUGACUAUCAAAAUGAUCAUGAUGAUAGAGACAAUGAUGGUCGUAAAAAGGAACGUAAUAACACCAGAAGAGUUAGUUUUAAGCCUUCGGCCUUGCAAAAACAGGGCGGCAUCAAAUCUCGCCUGGCGGAGAUGGCCGUACGCAAUCGUUUGGAAGAUGAUGAAGAUAUGGAUGGUUUGACACCAAAUACUUUGUAUGAAGACCGUCGUAGCUCCCGUCGUAAGGGAUCACCCAUACCCAAAGGCAAAUUUGGCCAAUCCCGUAAAUUAGCACCUAGUCAAUUUGGAUGGUAUCAAGUGUCGAUACAAUCUGGUCAACGUUAUUCUAAAGAUGAUGUUAUACGCGCUAUACUCAGCGCCAUAUCACCGGAUAUUUUUAUACCCCAUUACUGGCGUACUGAAAAGAAUUGUGUGGUUUUCUUUGUGGAUGAUUAUGCCAUAGCCCAACGUUUACAACAAAUCGAACGUAGCGUCCAAAUGACCGAUGGCUAUCGUUUGUUUAUCAGAGUACGGGCCAGUUGCCCCAUUGUUUCGGUCGAUGAGGAAUUUAAGGAAAAAAUGAAAUUAGUUAUGGCUAAAAGAUAUAAUGCCCAUACUAAGGCUUUAGAUUUGACCAAAUUCCAUGCUGAUCCUGAUUUUCGUAAUAUGUUUGUGGGUCUUUUCCGUACCCCUGUUAUGUCGGCCGCUUUAGAUAUAAUACAAAAGAAUAUACCCGAUUUGGAGGCUUUAAAUUUGAAUGAGAAUAACAUAGCCUCCAUGGAAAGUUUUAAGAAUGUUGAACAAAGAUUGCCGCAUUUGAAAAUUCUAUAUUUGGCUAAUAAUAAUUUACCUUCUUUGGCCCAUUUACUGGUUCUACGCAAUGUCCCUAUUGUGGAUUUGGUCUUGAAGAAUAAUCCUUUACGUCAGCGCUAUAAAGAUCAUGCUCUUUAUGUCAGUGAAGUACGACGUAAAUUUCCCAAAAUUGUUAAACUGGAUGGCGAAGAUCUGGAACCACAAAUCUUAUUCGAUGUCAAUGACACUUCUACCCUGCCCAAGUCACAAGCUUCAUUUUUAUGUGAUGCCUCGGGUGCUGAUAUAAUAAGACAAUUUUUGGAACAAUAUUUCAUGAUAUUCGAUAGUGAAAAUCGUCAGCCUUUGUUGGAUGCUUAUCAUGAACAGGCUAUGAUGUCGAUAUCUGUGCCACCGGCCAGUCAAGCUGGAAGAUUACAUUCAUUUUGGAAAUUUAAUCGUAAUUUCCGUCGUAUUGUCAAUAAUGAGGAUGUAACCAAAAUAAGACAAUUGAAGGUGGGUCGUUUGGCUGUGGUCUCCACUUUGGCAGAGUGGCCUAAGACACAACAUGAUCCUCAAUCGUUUUCAGUGGAUUUGACUUUGUUUACGCCCCACUUACUAGCCUUUACCGUAGCUGGUUUAUUCAAAGAAUUAGACUCUUCCAGCAAUUCUGGCGGUGACAUACGCUAUUUUCAACGACAAUUUGUUAUAGUACCCGCUGGCGGUGGCUUUUGUAUACGCAAUGAAAUGAUUUUAGUAACAAGUGCUACUGGAGCGCAGGCACGCACAUUCCUUAAACCUCCAGCAGCCGUAAGUACAACACCAACAGCAGCCGGUACUGCUGGCGCCGCAGCCACAGUAACAAGUGCUGCUGCUGGUAGUUUACAAAAUCGUUUACAAAUGAAUCAACCCACGACUUCCGCUGCCGCUCUAAUGCCACCACCAGCUGAUGUUGCUCCCAGACAACCGGACGAAUCUAUGAAAAUGCAAAUGGUCCAGGCCAUGUGUGUUCAAAGUAAUAUGAAUGCCGAAUGGAGCAGAAAAUGUUUGGAGGAAACUAAUUGGGAUUAUAAUCAUGCAGCUUUUGUUUUUGAAAAAUUACACAAGGAAUGUAAAAUACCCCCUGAGGCUUUUAUUAAAUAAUUUUACUUUUUUAAUUAACGUUAAUCCUUGAUUUUUCACUCUCUUUCUCGCCCUCGUAAUAUUAUUUAUCUGUAAUAACUUAAGAAUUUGAAAAAAAAUCUUUUUUUUUAUUAUUUUCAAACAAACUUGAAACCAUAUUUUCCCCUAAAACAUAUCGCUUGAAUUAAUAAAUAGCUGUAAUUUUAUUAUUAUAUUUUUGACUUGGUUUUGCUUAUUAAAUAUUACUUUUUUAUAUAAUCAUAAAGAAAUCUUAACUUAAACUUUAUUUAGUUUAUAAAUAUAGAAAAAAAAGCCGUUCGCCU